AUGGAAAAUAACCAAUCGAACAAUGGAAGCAGUGGAAAUGCUGCUCUAAACAAAGGAGGACGUUACGUGCCACCGCAUCUUCGCGGAGGAGAUGGGUCGAGUGCAACAUCAGGAGGCGAUGAACGCCGCGGUGGUAGCAGCGGCGGUUUCCGCCGUGGAGGCGGAAACAGUGGAGGAUACGAUCGUGGAUACAACGAUAACCGUGGAGGUGGAAGUUAUGGCGGAGGGAACCGUGGUUCUGACGAUCGUGGUUACAACAACAGUGGUGGAAACCGUGGGUACAGUAACCGCGGUGAAAGCAACCGAGGCGACAGCAACCGUGGAGACAGCAGUCGCGGAGGAGACCGUGGCGGGUACAACCGUCAGGAAAGAGGAGAUGGAGGGUCAAACUUCAAUCGUGGAUUUAACAAUCGUGAUAGUGGAUACGAUAACAGAGGUUCAGGCCGGUCAUACAACAGCGAUCGUCGUGACAACGGAGGAGAUUCCCAAAACACUCGCUGGAAUAAUCUCGAUGCUCCUAGCAGAAAUGAACGCGGAACAUCGAAAUGGGAAAACCGUGGGCCAAGAGACGAACGCACCGAGCAGGAACUUUUCUCCGGGCAGCUCUCCGGAAUCAACUUCGACAAAUACGAAGAGAUUCCAGUGGAAGCUACAGGAGACGACGUCCCACAACCCAUCGGUCUCUUUUCUGAUCUCAGUCUUCACGAAUGGAUCGAAGACAAUAUCAAAACUGCCGGAUACGAUAGACCAACACCAGUGCAAAAAUACUCUAUUCCAGCUCUACAGAGUGGGCGUGACUUGAUGUCAUGUGCUCAAACUGGAUCUGGAAAGACUGCAGCUUUCCUUGUACCACUUGUCAAUUCUAUUCUGCAAGAUGGGCCAGAUGCCGUGCAUCGUUCCGUUACCAGUUCUGGAGGAAGAAAGAAGCAGUAUCCAAGCGCACUGGUUCUUUCACCAACUCGUGAGCUGUCUCUUCAAAUUUACAACGAGUCUCGUAAAUUUGCAUACCGCACUCCAAUCACGUCAGCACUUCUUUAUGGAGGACGUGAAAACUACAAAGAUCAGAUUCACAAGUUGAGAUUGGGUUGUCAUAUUCUCAUUGCAACUCCUGGUCGUUUAAUCGAUGUGAUGGAUCAAGGUCUUAUCGGGCUUGAAGGAUGCCGUUACUUGGUUCUCGAUGAGGCAGAUCGUAUGUUGGACAUGGGUUUCGAACCACAGAUCAGGCAAAUCGUCGAGUUCAACCGCAUGCCACCAAAGGAAGAGCGUGUCACAGCAAUGUUCUCUGCUACUUUCCCAAAAGAAAUUCAACUUCUUGCACAAGAUUUUUUGAAGCCCAACUACGUGUUUUUGGCUGUUGGAAGAGUUGGAUCUACCUCAGAAAACAUUAUGCAAAAAAUAGUUUGGGUUGAGGAAGAUGAGAAGCGGUCUUAUUUGAUGGAUCUUCUUGAUGCCACUGGUGAUAGUUCUUUGACUCUUGUUUUUGUUGAAACCAAACGAGGAGCUUCCGAUUUGGCAUACUAUCUGAGUCGUCAGAACUACCAAGUAGUGACUAUUCACGGAGAUUUGAAGCAGUUCGAAAGAGAGAAACAUCUCGAUUUAUUCAGAACGGGGACUGCCCCAAUUCUUGUUGCCACUGCCGUUGCUGCUCGUGGUCUCGAUAUUCCAAAUGUGAAACAUGUUAUUAACUACGAUCUUCCAUCGGAUGUUGAUGAAUAUGUUCAUCGCAUCGGACGUACUGGUCGUGUCGGAAACGUUGGACUGGCUACUUCCUUCUUCAACGACAAAAAUCGGAACAUCGCCCGUGAGCUGAUGGAUCUGAUUGUUGAAGCGAACCAAGAACUCCCCGAUUGGCUCGAAGGAAUGUCUGGAGACAUGAGAAGCGGAGGAGGAUAUCGUGGCCGUGGUGGACGUGGAAACGGACAACGUUUCGGAGGACGCGAUCAUCGUUAUCAAAACGGUGGCGGCAACAAUGGAGGUGGAAGCGGAGGAUUCGGUGGUGGACAGCGCUCCGGAGGAGGUGGUGGAGGAUUCCAAUCAAGCGGAGGACGUCAGCAACAGACACAGCGUGCUCAGCCGCAGCAAGAUUGGUGGAGUUAA